UUGUUGGCUGUGGAAGGAAAGGGAAAGAAGUGUGUUGACUGAAAUUGCAAAUAUAUCUGAUUUUGAAUAACUGGCCCACAUAGGAAGAUUUUUUUUAUUGUGAUCGGCCUUCACUGUCCCAUCACUGCAAUAUAAGGGAAGCACUCAGUCUCACACUGUCAGGUUAUGGAAGCUGUAGGGAACACAGCCGCCCCCCACUAAGACAGAAUAGGAUUGGUUGGAUGCAAGACCAUUUGGCCAUAAUAUUUUUGGUUUUGAUGCAGUACAGCUGUUAGAGCUUUAGAGUGUUUCACUAGGUUAGGUUUGAAAACACGAAAGAAAUAUUCCUGUCUGCCAUUGUGAGAUCACACUUCCUUAACACACCUAACACUGCAGAAAGUUGAGGGUGUGGGUGCAUCACCAUGGAGGGCAAAGGUCACACUCACAAGAUCUUCUCAGGUGACCCAGUGCACCAACACUCCCUCAUCCACCGCCGGGUCAGUGUCACUACCUCUGACCUGAAGGAGCACACAGGCUGGGUGUACACUAUUGACCCGGUUUCAGAGAGCGUAAUCUUGGUAAACUUUAUUGGUGAAAAGAAGGAGGUGACCAUCGUGUUAGGCUACAACAUCAAGAGCCUGACACCCCUGGAUGACACCCCUCCCCCAGGCCUUGCUGAUGCUGUGGACUCCAUCUUCAAGAAGGAGCAGGUGCACUACAGCAGCCAGGAGGUGACGGCAAGACGAGAGGCCAUGUGUGUGUGGCUUGCAGACAACAGGGUUCCCUACACUGUGAACGAAGACAUGGUCAUACAGGUGCUACAGGUGGCACUGAUUCGGCCACCGUAUGAUGCCAGUGGAGUGGAGUGCCACAAUGAGGUUGUGCUGGACAAGGUCAUGAGGCUGGUCCAGCAGGCACCCAUCAACACCUCAGGAUGAACAAACCUCCUUUUUAUAAGGACAUAAUGUUGCAACAAGACAAUCAAGGCCAACUGAUCAUCUCUCACAUCCAAUGUGUUUUGUCUGUUUCUCAUUGUUUAAAAUAAAUACCCAAGGAAAGCAUGACAACAAGAACAAGAAGGGAAGCUGCAAGAAGAUAAUAGGCAUGUAGGUGACAAUUGUUAUACAUGUCUACAUCUUCUAAGGCAUCUCUCUCUCUCUCUCUCUCUCUCUCUCUCUCUCUCUCUCUCUCUCUCUCUCUCUCUCUCUCUCUCUCUCUCUCUCUCUAAAAUGUCUGCCUUACAGUCCUGCCCAUAAUUUUGUAUAAUUCUCUUAAAACUUUACUGUUUAUGUGCUCCCUGAGAAGUGAUAGCUAAGUUUGUUACAAUUACCUGUGACCAAAUUUGUAAGGCAGUUUCUUAUCUCCUUUUUGUACACAGUUUUCCCCAAAUAUUGAUGUACCUGUUAUCCUGUUAUUUAAUGAUAAUGCUCAGGUGUAUUUUGCGCUAGAUAUAUAUAAAUACAUAUAUAUAUUUCUG